GGUGCGCGUAGAUCGGAGUGACAAGUGUGGCAUCCCUGUCUCUUGUGCAUGUGUGGCGUGUAGUUUUGUGCGUCCAUGGAAGGGGGCGAGGACUUCAGCGGCCUGUCUCAGGAGAGCGACUUCAACUUUGACGGCUUUUUGGCUCGAGACUCUGACGGCUCGGGCGAAAGUGAUUCAGGUGAUGCAAGUGAUGUUGAUUCAGAUGUGGAAAAUGCGAUAUUCGCGGAGCUAUAUUUUCGGGACGAAAAAUUGAAGCCUAACAGCUCAGGUAAGAAGAGGAUGUCCUUGGCUAAACAGCUGGGGUCAAGGGAAAUCCUUCUGGACAAGUCCGCCACAGGAUCUGUGACAAGUAUCUCAUUUGUGAUGGACAGACAAAGCAGAAAGAGGAGCAAGAGAUCAGGAGUAGAGCUGGUAGAGGAAGAGACAGUCUCGCCACACACGCACCCAGACACAGUGGGGGGUGCCCUCCACGGCCAGGGGGAGGGGGACCAGGGGACAGGGGGGAGGGAGGAAGGGGAGGAGGGGGAGGAGGGAGAGGAGGGAAAGGGUGUGAAUGCAACCCCAAGAAAAAAGUAUCAUCUGAACAGGUCCAGUACCGUUGCUACCCCUACAACCGGAGAAGGUGAAACCGUUCGGAAGCACAAGUGGAAAGGAAAGUCAUCAAAGCACGAUGUUGGGACUAUACUGUGGGAGGAAGAGGAGAAGGAAGGGGGAGAGGGGGAGAGGGGGAGGAAGAAGAAGAGGAGCUACGAAGGUGUACGACAGAUUGAGGCGUGGGGAGACAACCAAGAUAGUAGCGAGUCGGACGAAGAUGAAGAAGAUGACGACAAGCGUUCGUCAGACAUGGAGCUCUCCAAUGAUGGAGACACGGUUGGACAGCUCUUCGUUGAAGUUGGUAAGACC